UGAAAUCUUCAGCCAGUCCAAAGCUACUCUUGUAGGAGCGUCAGCGCCAAUAGUCUCUAAGCCUUGUUCCAAAGCAGUAGAGGCUGUUUUUGGUUGGAACAAAUCCCCACCUGUCCACCACCUUCUAAACCAGUUGCGUUCUGCUUGUUCGGUACGAUUGGAUGGCAUAAAUUGGAGUGCUUUGUAUCAUUUUCAAGCGAUGGUAGAGCAGAUCUACCAAGAAGCAUCCACCAGUGAGAGCUUUAUCUACGCUAUAGGUCAGGAUAACAGUUUUCCGGAAUGGAUUUGGCAUGGGAAUGGAUUUUCAUCUCCGUCUAAGAUAGCAUUCACUUCUUGCUGCAGAAUCGACUUAAGGCCUUACCUUUAUAUAGUUCCUCAAGAAUUUCGACAACUCAAUGUUUUCUUCCAACAAUGCGGUGUUCGUCACACAUUUGAAGAUUCCGAUUUGUUGCAUGUUUUGACAAUGAUAAAGGUCAAACAUGACAACAGUAGUGAAUAUCAAGAAGAUGUGGCAGUUGAUCGAAAACUGUCGCAUGAGAUUCUGCACUGGAUGGUUAGAGAUGGAAAGAAACUCGGUCCAGAACUUCGGGAAAUUCUUCUGGUGCCAAUUCACACCUGGGAUAACACCUUAAAGUUGGUUCCGGGUUCGGAAUGCACCUUUUGUGACGCGGAUUGGUUGAGAAAAGGAGGGUCGGAACUUCUCAUCGAGAGUGAAUUUCCAAUGAUCCACGAAGCUAUAUCUUCCACAACCGCUGCCCUUUUGGGUGUUCCACCUAUCAGCACUCGUGUCACUUGCGCUGAGGCCUUAGGUAUUGAGCAAACAGGUCCACAUGAGCCAAUAACCACGAGGCUGAAGAAUAUUCUGAACGAAUAUAAAGAAGGGGUUGGUGUUUUUAAGGAAUUAGUGCAGAAUGCAGAUGAUGCUGGUGCAACAGAAGUCCAGUUUGUUCUUGACUGGCGUAAUCAUCCAAAUCAAAUGCUCUUGUCACCAGGCAUGGAAGAAUGCCAAGGUCCCGCCCUGUUAGCAUACAACAAUGCAACCUUUACAGAUGAUGAUCUGAAGAAUAUAUCGAGACUGGCAAGUGCCACGAAAAAGGAAGAUCUUGAGAAGAUUGGUCGCUUUGGUCUUGGUUUCAGCUCAGUUUAUCACUUUACCGACGUUCCAAGUUUCAUUACCAGAAAUUAUGCUGUCUUUUUUGAUCCAGAAACAACACACCUUGGCCCCCACAUAAAACAUGCUUCGAAGCCUGGAAUAAAGUUAGAUCUGGCGGUAAAUCAGAACAGUUUAAUCUGUUUUCCUGACCAGUUUGAACCCUUCAAUGGGCUUUUUGGCUGUAACACUGCUCCACCCAGCGAUUGUGAUAAGUUCUACUUUCGUGGAACUCUUUUCAGAUUCGCGUUCCGUACUAAGCGGGGGGAAAUCAGUGACAAGGUCUACACUAAGCAGGAAAUACGGUCCCUUAUGUUCUCUUUCCGAGAAUCAUCGCCGACGCUUCUGUUGUUUUCACAGAACGUUAACAAGGUGUCCUUCCUUGAAUUGGAUGAACAUGCGACAGAUUCGAAAGACCCGCGACUCCUGUUUGAAGUCUCCAGAAAGGCGUAUACAGAAUGUACGCCAGUUAAAAAUUCUGUAACGGAAAGUACCUUCCUUAAGUCAUGCGCAGCAUGGACAAGACAGUCAACCAAUCAGUCCAAUCCUGUUUACAGGUAUCCAUCUCCCAAACUAACGGAGCUCAUCUCUGUGUGUUCCACCAUCUGUCGUAAGAAUGAACAGAGGUGUCAAGAAACCCAGUCUUGGCUUCUGACAUCUUGUCUUGGUACUGAAAAUUCUUUUCAGCUCGCCAUAAGUGAAGAGGGCAAGAAGCAGGGACUCUUAUCUGCCUCAGGAGUGGCAGCAAAAAUUUCAACCGGAGGCAGUGAGUUUGAAAACGUAGAGGCAGUACCAGGAGAGGUAUUUUGUUUCCUUCCCCUUAGCAUUCGAACGGGGCUUCCAGUACAUGUUAAUGGCUACUUUGCCGUCACAUCAAACCGCCGAGGAAUCUGGGAAAGUACAACAGCUGAUGUCGACCGCCAACCUCUAGAAGUGCGGUGGAAUCAAAGUCUCAUGAAGGAUGCAUUGACCCAGGCCUAUGUCCAGCUUUUGGAAGAUAUGAUUGUCAUGAAAACACAAGGAAAAAUCUCGUCGCACGAUAGUUUCUCUCUCUGGCCAAAUCCAGACAAACUUCAAUCAUCUGUAUGGGAACCCCUCAUAAAGAGCUUCUAUCGUAGAAUCGCAAGCUGUGACCUUUCCUUGGUAUGCACAGGAGGGAAAUGGCUCUCAGUGACCCAAUGCAUUUACCAAGACCUCAAGUUACGGGAGCUUCCGAAUAGUGAGAUAGUUCUUGAGAAGCUUGAUUACAAAAUAGUGCAACUUCCACAUUUUGCAAGGAAAGGCUUUCAACAGGCUGGAUGUAUAGAGGUUAUCAACCAACGUACCAUGACACAAGAAAAGUUUCUCCGCGAAGUUUUUUUCCCGAAGAUCACUACGAUACCCAAAGAGCUAAGGGAUGCCAUUGUCUGCCAUCUCAUAGAUGAAUGCCUACGGGGACAUGCUAGCAAUCGAUGCAAUCAGCUUCUCAAUCUGUAUAAAUCUUUGCUUUCAAACAAUCGUUGUAUUCCUUGUGGACCAGAUGCGGGGAACUUGGCAUUUCCCAAAGAACUUAUAUCUCCAAAAGGCGCAGCCGCAACUCUGUUCUCAGUAGACGAUAGGAGAUUCCCAGUUGGGUCAUGUUAUCAAACUAAGGAACGUCUUCUCAUGCUUCAAAACCUGGGAAUGUUAUCAGAUAUCCUUGACUGGGAAACCCUGAUUGAGCGAGCAAAGUCUGUGUCGGUGCUCUAUAAAAGAGCCGAACAAGAUGCAAAAAAGAGAUCUGCCCGUAUUAUCAAGUAUAUCAAUGUCCACCUUGAGAAAAUGGACCACCCUUCAGAAUUGACCAGAGAGGGGUUGAUGGCAAUUGGUAUGUUUCCUACUCUUGCUAAGCCAGCAAACUAUGUUAUGCCAUGGAGAGGUACUGGUGAUGGGAACAGUGUUAUGCUUCCAGCGAAAGAAAUGUACGAAGAGAGGUACAAAUAUGUCGCAGGGUCCUCUAGGCCGAUCCUUGAUGAAAGUGAGAAUUAUGGCUGCAGUAAGCUAAACAAAAAAACGCGGGAUCUUUUUGGCUUCAACUCCCGUAAACCAUCGGCCCGAGAGGUUCUAAACCAAUUGGAGCAUACAAUUCAAGCAAUGGUCCAUGCGCCCCAUGCGAUCGUAAGUUUGGAACAAGCCUUCCAUUGCCUGUACGAGUACAUUCAAGAAAUUCUGUCGGAACCAGAUGGUGAGCGAAUUAUACAGACAUUGCGUGAAAAGGAAUGGGUAUUGGUUCAUGGAAAAUGUCUGUCAGCCUCUCGACUGGCUUUCAAGUGGAAGCGAUUUGGUGAACCAUACCUGAACGAACUGCCAGAGAAUCUUGCCUCGAGGUAUCGUAGCCUAUUCGAAGCUACAGGCGUCAAAGAGCACUUCUCUACUGAAGACGUUAUUUCUGCUCUUUACAUGCUCAGUGAGGAAAAGAAAGGGGAACCUCUAUCUCAAACAGAGUUUACAGUUUCGAAAGCGUUGAUCGAGGAGAUAUCGAGAGCAUCAGAGAACUCACUUGAGAAAGAAAGAGGAAAGAUUCCUCUGCCAGACCACAAUCUAAGUUUACAGCCAGCUGAGCGGUUAGCCAUUAAUGAUGCGCCAUGGGUGGCUGCUAGGAGUGGUAUCGAAUAUGUUCACAAAGACCUGUCAAUUGACCUUGCACACAGGCUUGGAGCAAUUGAUAUUCGUACAAAGAAACUAGACAGAAUAUCUCGCCCAAUCGGACGUGAAUUUGGACAGCGAGAAGAGCUUACUGACCGUUUAAAGGGAAUUUUGAAAGCAUAUCCGUGCGAUGUUGGAGUCCUUAAGGAACUUGUUCAGAACGCUGAUGAUGCAGGGGCCACCGAGGUACACUUCAUUUUUGACCCUCGCUACCACAACACCGAGCAGCUCUUAAGUAACAACUGGAAAGAAUUGCAAGGUCCUGCCCUGUGUGUUUACAACAACAGACCGUUUUCCGAAAAGGAUGUAGAGGGGAUACAAAGACUGGGAAUUGGAAGCAAAACAGACGAUCCUACCAAGACAGGACAGUAUGGUAUUGGCUUCAACGCCGUAUACCACUUAACAGACUGUCCAAGCUUCAUCUCGAAUGGAGACACGCUCUGCAUUCUCGACCCUCACUGUCGCUACGCUCCCGGAGCAGACAAGGAGAAUCCUGGACGUCUCAUAGAACCAAUUGGUGAAGAAGAACGAUCCGAUUUCAGGGACGUAUUUCCUUGUUACCUGGAAGACAUAUUUGAUUUAAAAUCCUCAACUAUGUUUCGCUUUCCUCUCAGACUCCAAAGUACGUGCACAGAGUCAUUGAUAUCAGAACAGCGGAUCUCCUGCACACAAAUGAGCGCCUUUAUGAACCACUUGGCCCUUGAAGCAAGAGAGAUUAUCCUUUUUUUGAACCAUGUUAAGAAAAUAUCACUGUCUGAAAUUAAAGACGAUCAGCUGAAAGAAAUACACUCAGUUUCUGUACAGAUAACACAAGAAGAUGAUGCGGAACGCCUGAAGCUUGCAAAUCAUAUCAAGAAGUGUAAGUUCCUUAUUACAAAUGAAAUUCAAUGGUAUGGAAUCACGUACCCUCUUUAUGUUCAAGAAGCCAGAGUACGACAAGCAAAAUGGCUUAUUCAUCAGUGCAUUGGAAUCCAGAAAAGUGAUGGUGAAGCGAUUCCUAACGGUCGAGACUAUGGUCUCCUACCCCGCGCCGGAAUAGCAGCCAAAGUGUGGGAAAAGUCAACAUUUCCUUCCCACGUAGUACGUGGACCAACCCACAAAGCUUUCUGCUUCCUGCCGUUGCCAGUUCCCACAGGACUUCCAGUUCAUGUAAAUGGGCAUUUCUUUUUAGAUUCCGCCCGUCGAAAUUUAUGGAGCGAUGAAAAGGGCGAAGGAUUUGCAAGCCAAUGGAAUCAUUUUGUAAACUGCAAAGUUCUAGCACAAGCUUAUAUCUCGCUGAUGUUGGUGGCACGAGGUUAUCUUCCCGGCUCCAAAAACGGAAACAUCACUAGCUUCUCCAAAGAAUUCGAGGUUCAUGAGGGAAUGCGAUGGUAUCAUAAUCUCUUUCCGCAUUAUGAAAAUGUCCAGAGCCAGUGGCGAGAUCUAGCAAAAGCUGUCUUCAACAAGAUUUGCUACGAUGAUGCAAAGUUAUUGCCGCUGAUAAAGAGACCUCCUGAUAAAAAUUCACCGACUACCCAAACUGAUGAAGCUGCAGAAAGCAUUCAACCCCCUAAUUAUGCUCAGGCCACCAAAAGUGAUUUUGACUGUAAAGAAGCCAUACGUUGUUUUUGGGUGUCUCCUUCUCAAGGAUAUUUCAACACGUUGUCCUUGAUUGAUGAAUGGGCCAGAGAACUUUCAAACGUUCUCCUCAACAUUGGCUUCAAACUUGUUUACUCUUCCAACAAAAUCUUCGGCAACUUCAAAACAGCAGGAGCAAAUGUUAGAGAAAUCACACCUGAAGGAGUUAUUAACUUCCUUGGAGGGAAUCCAAAUUCCGUGGGUAUACUACCCUGCCCUGUAAGUGAGACGACGGUUGGUUCUGUGCAUAAUGUACUCCUCCUCCUCAUGUACUGUAUGAAAGCCCCUAAUUUUCCAAAACAGAUAUUUGGAAUCCCUUUACUAUUGACAGAAGACGAUGUUCUUAGGCGAUUUCAAAGGGAUAAUCAAGUAUUUCUAAGCCAUUUUGCAGAUUUGAUACCAAAUCAACGCGCUAGGUUCAUCCAGCACACACUCGCCACACCGUUACUUCGAUUCCAAAAAGAAAUAUUUGAUGGGGAUCAAGGAGUUCUCAAAAAAUUCAACAUCUGUGCAUUAGCCUCGCUCCUUCCGAGUACUGUGAAAGGCAGAUGGUGUGAAACCAACAGUCUCGUUCCAUGGGAUCUGGAGAACGGGCCUUCCAAGCAAUGGCUAAAGCGUUUGUGGGAGUUUCUGUGCAGCACUAACGAAAAGGAGCCAGACACUUUUUCCCUAACUCCACUGCAUAAAUGGCCCAUUCUCCCUACCAAAUUGAAGGAAUUAGCCCCAAUUUCAAAAGGCAAAGUCAUUUUUGACUUGACAACCUCUGAUUCCUGGUCAUGCAGCCAAAAAACUGUCGUCGCAUUGUUGAGGAAGUUAAGAUGCCCCGAAGUGGAUAUCCAUCUACUCAGCAAUGGUGGAAGAUGGGAUCUGUCGCCAAUUCUCAAACAGCACCUUUCGUACCCCAACUCAUCGCAAGACAUUCUCAAGGUGCUAGACCACAUGAUUGGCGAGGUUGAUAUCACUGGUUGUCUUUCUGAGGAUGAAAUUCUCUCUUUGCUGCAGUUCUUCCAGCACGAUGUUGAGUCUCUUAAACAGGAUCAAGUAUCGACUUCCAUUUUGAGGCGAUUGCCAUUUUUUAAGACUCUUCAUGGAAAACUUGUUUGUCUUGCCAAUGCUGGAUCGGUAUAUGUUAUACCGGCGGGGCUACCAACCAACGAGUGCGAUGUUUGGAUGAGAGAAAACAACUGUGUUUUCUUAGCAUCUGAACCUAGGCUGAACCAAUUGUACAAUGAAGUUAUGAAUAUCAGGACUGGCACACAUACAGAUUGCUACAUCAACUUCAUUUUCCCAAAGUUUCCAGAUCUUACCCAACAAACUCGAAUGCUUCAUCUCAACUACGUUCGGCAAUUCCUACUGACACCCUUUUCUGAUGAGCAUCAACACUCUAGAGUCCUACAGUCACUUACAAUUUUAGAAUUUAUUCCAGAUGUCAAUGGAACAGUGCAAACUGCUUCGUAUUUUUAUGACCCACACGUGGAAGUUUUUGCAGUCAUGUUACCUACUGAAGCAAAGCCUCCAGAACCGUUUAACGAAGAAUCCGGUUGGCUUGAUCUCCUUCGAAAAAUUGGAUUAAAGCAAAAAGUUGGCAAAGAGCAGUUCAUGGACUUUGUAAAGGAAUUGGCUGAGGAGGCCCAACAAGUAGAGGAAAUGAAAACCCGCAGUAUUUUGGAAAAAAAGUCUAAAACUCUCGUAACCCAUCUUCUGAAUGAAGCACCUUUUUAUGAUGUAGUGUAUUUACAACAACUCUCGACGAUCAAGUUCGUGGCACCUUCAAAAGCCCCAGAAGACCUACUUUCUCUUCAUAAGCAGUUCCCAUGUUCAAACGAAGCCCAAUAUGGAAUUAUUCCAUUUGUUCACUUCCAGGGUUCAAUACCAGACAUCCAUGAAAGACUUGCGUGGACGACUGCACACCUUCUACCAUACUGGGCAGUCCCAGGUGCUCAAAAGCCAAAGCUUAAAGCCCUCGGAAUUCUUCCAAAUCCCUCGCUCGAUCAAGUCAUCAGUCACGUUACCAAACUCACGAGAAAUCUUCUAAAGGACGUUGAUAGAGAAAUGCCACAGCCCAAACGUCGCCUUCUGGGAGCUAUCAUGACUGAGGUGUACACUUUCCUUCAACACGUAAGUAACUGCCAGGAAAGGGACUCUCUUGAUUCUUGCUCGCAAGUGUGUCUUGAAAUUGGAAAUCGAUUGUCUGACAAUGCUUGUAUUUUGGUUGAAGAUGGCCGCGUAUUUGUCCGUGGAGACCAACUAGCUUUCCACCUUAUUGAGCAACUAGCACCGUAUAUGUAUGAAGUUCCGAGAGAAUACGGCCCUUUUGAGCACUUGUUCAAACGCCUCGGAGCUGAAGAGGAAGCCACACCUGUACAGUUUGCAAAACUACUAUGUAGACUUCAAGCCUCAUGCCUAGACAAGAAAAUGCUUCCCAAUGAAGCUAAUAUUGCAAAACACGCAGUAUACGGCCUCUUUUCUACUCUAAAAGCCCUACACGAUCGCAAUGGAGGUGAGUCUGUCAAUCCUCUCUCUGAGAUCGAACGUCUGUACCUUCCAAGCGAGGAGCAAAAGCUCAAGAAAUCUGUCGACCUGGUUCUGUUUGAUUGUCCUCAGUUCCAAAAUCGUAUACCAACUUCCAUGUAUGAGCCCCUCGAUAGACUCGAGAGAUAUAAUUUAAAGUUUGCUACCCCGCGACAAAUUGCUGACCUUCUGCCAGCUCACCUAAAGAUUCCAUCCUUACGAGUGCUCAUAAGAGAAGAGCUUCACCCAGAAUGCAAGGACAAGAAGUGCCCUGCUGACAUAGAAGAGACAUGUCAUGUGACUAAUCGCCUCCGUGACAUAUUGUUUUCCACUCACCUCGUUGAUGGCAUCAUACGGAUAUUAAAGAAUCAAUAUCAGAAAGCCAAACUAACAGAGGCGGUCCAAAACAAAGUUCGCAGUUUUCAGAAAGAACUACGAAUCAGUUGCAUGGCGGAGCUGUCCACUGAGCUUGUUGACAACAAGUCAAAUAUGCCAAUUCCAGAGAGCCAGAAAUCAAAUAGGGAUUGUGUGGUGGAUAGGGAUGAACUCGGUACAAAGCACAUUUUCAUAAAUCAUUGUGCUAAACCUAGUGACGUGCGCGUGGUAAUAUGCAGAGAGAUAAACCAACUGACAGGAUGCUACAUCGACAGUGAAAGCUGGUUGUAUUUGGGUCGUAUUUUAGAAUGUGAGUCCGCUGGACACAUUUCUUUGAUAUUGGACGACGCCGGAGUAUCUGAGGAUGUGGAGGCAGCUGAUACGCAAAGUUCGAACCCUGAUCUUGGCACAGAAGUGCCCGUAGAGUUUCAUCACCUCCUCGUUCAGUACGAUGACUUCUACUUUCGAAAUGGAGAAGUUGUUGCAUUCGAAAAAGAAGACUCAACAGAGGAUGAUCCCAAGUACAUCUAUGCAAAAAUCGUGAACAAGCUGACAAGUAAAACUAAACCCAAAGAGGACAACACAAUAAGAGAGCCGAGAGGAGAAAGUACCGAGCUAGACAGCAGAUAUCUUAUAGACGUUGGCCAUGAAAAAAAAGAGGUCGAUGUAUUGGAUUUAUACAAGAUGAGAAGACCGCCAAAGGUUCACGAGAACGUCGACGAAGUGGUAGGAGAGUCCACUUCACAAAUAAUGGACCUUGUUCCUUACGAAGGAGCUGGUAGACAAAGUACUGAACAGGAAGAAGCAGAAUCGCCCACGUCUUCCCAAGAAACGAACGACCCACCAAAGCCUAAAGACUUGGACGCCGCCAUAAGAGAAGUCAAAGAAGCUCUUGCAGAAAUUUGGAAGCUUCCGGAAGAAAAAAGAAAGAAAGCAAUUAGGCGACUAUACCUUCGAUGGCAUCCAGACAAAAACAUGGACAUGCAGGACAUUGCAAAUAAAGUCAUAAAGUAUUUACAAAAUGAGGUCGAAAGGUUAUCAAAAGGAAAGUUGCCAAGCCACGAUGAAGACUGUGCAAGACGCCAACCAUCAGAUUUUUCGGACUCCUUCACGCAAUGGAAUAAAAGAGCUCGACGACAGCGCUCAAGCUACGAAAACUACAGCCACCACAACCCACGAUUUACAGGUUUCGCAUCACGCUCGAGAAGGACCUACAAGGCACCUAAUCCAUGCGUAGCGAAGAUGUGGAUUCGUCAGAGCAAAGAAGACCUGCGCUCAGUAGAACUUCUCUUGACUGCCCAANAUCCACUUCAUUACCUUGUCUGCUUCCAGAGUCAUCAAAUUGCGGAGAAAUCUCUCAAAGCAGCUCUUUUCUCUAUAUCAGGAGUUGCGGACAGGCAGUUGUACUCUCACGACUUGGUUCUAUUGGCCCAUGGUCUUUCACUGCUUCCUGGAGCUCCAGAUGUGAUACUGAAAGUAGCCAGGCUGUCCAACUAUUACUUGAGCACUCGAUAUCCUAACGCGCACACGCCCCCUAACGUGCCUGCUGAGGUUUUCCAAGAUUUUUGGCAAGCAGAGCAAGCGUUCAGACUGGCCACAGAAGUUUUGGAAGAAUGAGAACGGUUUGUUGGAACAUGAUCACUGCUCCUGGCUGUCAUGAAGUGUUCACAGUGCAACUAAAAUGCAUUUAAACAAAGCUAAGCUACCUAUACUGCUCGCACACCUUUGCCACAUAGAAUGACGUUAAAUUUAGGCUGACUUGACUUAUCUUCCAAAACAUGAUUUAAAUGUUGAGCUGAAGAGAAAUGAACAUUUCUUUAUUACAUUAUAUUAGUCUUAAUCUUUUGUAUUUCAAACUUUUCACCAGAUAUAUUAUACUGUGGUGACAAGGCGUUUUCAUGAAAAGGUUCAUUAGGUAACGAACAGCAUAAAUAAGUUUGUAUCAAUGUGAGCGUUUCUAAUAUUCUUGAAGGUUAUCCUUAAUUUGAUUCUAAAUGGUCGUGUUAAUUAUGUUAAAGAAAAAUGGCUGCUCUAUCAAUUUGAAGUAAAGCCUUUUCAUAAAACAGACACAAACGAAAUUACCUCAUAAGCUGACCCAGACCUCUCAAAGAGUUCUCAAUAUCUUAUAGUUUGCCAAAGUCAUAGGAUCGUAUGUUAUUGCCAUAGCAGAUAACCAUAAUGUCUCAGGACAUUUAUUUUUUCUCGUCGGGGGAAAAUGUUUUCAAGUCUGUUUUUACUAGAACUCGUUAAAAAUAAUACCGUUGAAUUAUCAAGAACCUAAAUAGUGAUUCUUUGUAGUUUAGAGUAAUGAAUAGAAUUGUGUAAGCUUCUAAUAUCCAUAAGAUAGAAGAAAAUAAAUCUAGCUGAUUAAAUUUUG